CUUUGUAGUAUUCAUUGUGGGUGCUAUUAUGGAGAGGAAGAUUGCAUAGAGAUCAAUAAAAGGAGGGUCUAAACAACCAAUGCGAUAAUGAAAAGGUAAACAAUUAUCAUCCAUAUACAUGAUGAUGAGCAAGGGUAUAGUAGUCUGUUAUAAUUGUUGUAGGGUGACACUAUUAACCUCUUAAGAGUGAAGGGAGGGGCCAACUAUUAGCUUAGCUUAAUUUAUAGCUCAAGUUCACAGAUCCAAUACAGAUAUUAUCUCAUCUCAUUCCAUAGUUCAACAAUUCGCUUAAUUCAUUUUUUACAUAAACACAUGUAAUGCAAUGACCCGGGGCAACGCCCAGGCCACCAACUAGUUUUUAAACUUAUAAAGGAUUUUUAAAGGUUUGAAUUAGAUUAGACUGGAUAUCAUAAAGUAAAACCUAUUUACCAUAAUAAUUGCUUUUGGCCUAGUUUGAAAUAAAUUUUGAAGCCCCUACUACAUAAUAUAUACGAGUAAUAUAUAUUUCGUACCAAGCAUGAGUUAUGUCAUCGCCAGUUUCGCCACUGCCAUAAUUGCAAUUAAUAAGGAAUUAAAGAUUAAAAUUAUAAUUCUCAACCCCUCACCCCCACCAAAAUCCCACGUACCAAACUGUCCUUAAACUUUUAUAAUUGUCAUAACUCAUAAGGUAUGUUUAAUUUGGAUUAAAGAGGUGCCAUAAAGUAUUAGGUAUGAUGUUAUGUUUUAAAUUUUGAUUAAGUAAAUUAAUAUGUCUAUUGACAUUUUCAUGUCCCAAAAUAAAAGGAAAAAAAAAAAAAAUUAGGUAUUAAUUGCCGACCAUCCACUCACCUUUAACCAAACUAUCAAAUUACUCCUAAAUAAUUAAUCAAAAAACUUUCAAAAAGAUUUUAAUAAUUAAAAAUAAAAAUAAAAAUAAAAAUAAAAAUAAAAGAUAAAGCAAAGACAAAACUUCUAUUCUCUAGCAGUAUACUGAAUAAUUAAUUAAUUCUAUGAACUUAAGCACCAAUUCCUGGAUUUAAUCACAUAAAACAUGACAUUAAAGCUUCUUUAAUUACUAUUAAUCAUCCAAUAUAGCCCCCAAAGCUAGAAGAAUCGGAACCUUCCCACCUACCUUACUCCAAAAAAGUCUCUCUCAUUCUAAAUUUGCUCUCAAAUUUGGACCCAUUUCAAGUAAGCAUCUUUUUCUCUCUUUUUCACUGUAUAAUCCAAAGUUUUUGUACAUAUUUUUUGUAGUACUUAGAAGAUUUGAUUGAUAAUUACAUUUAUGCUUUUCUGGGUAGUUUAAAGAUUUUGUUUCAUGGGAGAAAAGAUGUCUGAAUCUGGGUUUUCUAUACAUAAUGAUUCAAGUGAUGGUGAAUUGUUGCGUGAUAUUGAAGAGAUUAGUAAUGCCCUUUAUUCAAUGAACAAAACCCAUGAAAAUUCUGUGAUUUCUUACUCUAAUUAUGGACCUAAAUCGCAUUUUAGUGUACCAAAAUCGAACCCGAAACCAGGGUUUGAUAGAGAGAAAGAGUGGUUGAAGGAGGAGCAUAAGCAACAUUCAUCAAUUUGGGGUUGGAAACCCUUUAAGGCAUUGUCCCACAUUAUUAGGCAGAGGAAAUUUACUUGUUAUUUCUUUUGUCAUGUUCAUUGUAUUGAGAAUUUGAUGUUGGAUUUCAAAGAUAUUUGUUUGAGUGUGCAUUGGAAGAGGAAGGAUGUUGUGCUUAAGACCCGUCCGUCGAGGGUUUCGAAUGGCAUGGUUGAGUUUGAGGAGACAUUGAUGAGUAAAUGUACUGUUAGUGGCUCUAAAAAUGGUCAUGGGGGUUUUGUGAAGUAUGAGCCUAAGCAUUUUUUGUUAUAUGCGUCGAUAGUUGGGACAGAAGGGUUAGAUAUUGGGAAGCAUUGGGUUGAUCUUACAAGAUUGCUUCCUCUUACUUUGGAGGAGUUGGAGCAAGAUAGAUGCUCAGGAAAAUGGUCGACGAGCUUUAAGCUUGCAGGCAAGGCGAAUGGUGCUACUUUGCAUGUUAGUUUUGGGUUUUUGGUUACAAAGGAUGGAUUAGCUGAAUCAGGUAGUUGCAUAAAACCACCUCUCGCUCUUAGCUUGGAGGGAAAUGAAUUGAACAGGAUGAGCUCUGUUGAUUCUGGUUCUGUCAGAGGCAAUACCUCACUUAGGCGGGUGGGGAGUGUUCCGAGUAGCUUAAAUAAUGCUUCUUGUUAUUCAUCUCAAUACCUGGAUGCAAAGAUUGGUGGGCCGAAGGAUGAAUAUGAUUUCUCAAAUUCCAUUGAUAUGCUAUAUGGUAAGCUUGAGGAAGGGAGGGUUGAUAGUCUGACAAAGUUUGAUAAGGUUAUUGAACAGUUGGAGUCGAUUCAGUUGGGUCCAAACUCAUUAUCUAGUUCUGUAAAAGAUUUUUGUGGAACCAAACAUGAUGAUGCUGAGUUUACAGUGAUAGAAAAGGGAGUAGAAUCAGAGUGCUCCCCCAAGGAAGCGAAAAAGUUGGAUGAAUGUAUCCCUGCAGACUUGGAAGCCUCAGCUGUAGAAAUAAUUGAUGUGGCUGAGAUUUUCAAGGGUGAAGAGAUAUGCUCAGAGGAGGAGACAAAGGUUGCUAAUUGGGAUGAAGCCUUGAAUUGUGUUUCAGAAGAGGCUCCUAUAGAUAAAUACAGUGUUGAUAUUAAAGAGUCAUAUCUUGAAGAAGAGGCUUUAGAUUUGCUUAAGAUGUUUAUUUCACAGUCUGAUGAAUUAGAAACGUCAGAGGAUGAUAUGUCUGUUGAGAUUAAAGCCAAGUAUAAAGGAAGUAAUCUGGUCAAAUCAUUGAGCUUAAAUGACUUUGAAAGAACUGUGGCAGAUGAUUUCUGUAAUCUGUUGCAAGACUUGCGUACUCCCUCAAACCGGAGUUUCAAUGGCGGGCUUGAAUCUCCUCGAGAACGCCUUUUAAGACAGUUUGAAGAAGAUAUGAUGACUUCAGGUAGCCUCUUCUUGGGUGCUGAUGUACAAGAUGAUGUGUCUGAUUAUGACUUUGCAGCUUUUGGUGUAUCCUCUUCAGAAUAUAAUUUUGAGAGUGUAGAUCACUCGCCUGUCAUUGAUACUGCAGGCCUUGAAGUGAAUGAAAGUUUACAACAGGCAUUGAGAAAUAAACUGAAAGCAAAAAGCCUUGAACGCUUGGAAACUCAGACCUUGAUGCAAAGAUGGGGUUUAAAUGAGGAAGCCUUCCAGAGCUCCCCUUAUUAUAGCACUGGUGGAUUUGGGAGUCCUGUUUUUGUACCACCUGAAGAACCAAUAGGAUUGCCUCCCCUUGCAGAAGGCCUGGAACCAUUGCUUCACUUAAAUGAUGGAGGAUAUCUGCGGUCUAUGAGCCCUUUGCUUUUCAAAAAUGCUAACAAUUGUGGGAGCUUGAUCAUGCAAACGUCGAAGACUCUCGUGCUACCCACAGAAUUGGGUUCUGAUAUCAUGGAGAUAUUGCAGUGUUUGGCAUCGGUUGGCUGUGAGAGACUGUCCAAGAAAGUGCAUAGUUUAUUGCCUAUGGAAGAUCUCUCUGGAAAAAUUAUGCAGCAAAUAGCAUGGGAGGCUUCAUACUAUGCUGAGGUGUCCGAAAGGUCUGCCUCUUCUCAGUAUGAAUCUGAUGUCAAGAUUGAGGUUGAGGGGCAUCCAUAUGUUCAAGGUUGUAAUUACUUUAGUUCAAGGUCAACUGGCGGUGAUAUCAGGUCAGAAUAUGUGGCUGCUAAAGAUCUGGCCUUGUUGGCACUCGACAGUAUAGAAGUCCUCAUGAUUGAGGGGUUGAAAAUACAGUCAGGCAUGCCUGAUCACGAUGCACCUUCCAGCAUCAGGGUAAAAUCUGUAAAAGAGGUCAGAUAUCAACCUGGGAUUGACUACUUUGAUGACUCUUCCGACUAUGUUAAUGGAUUGUUGGAUCUUUCUAUUUCAUUAGCUGAGUGGUUAAGGCUGGAUUCUGGAAUGUCAGGUGAUGAAAAUCACGAUGGUAAGAGUACAAUGAAUGUGCUAAGAGCUCAUCAUGCCAAGUCUAGCUAUUUUAACAACAAAUUGGCAGGAGAAAAUAACACAGAGAAUGAAUCGAGAAAUUGUGGGAUUUUGGGAGAUAAUCUUACAUUAGUUAUGAUGAUGCAGCUCAGAGAUCCACUCCGAAACUAUGAACCAGUUGGUGGCCCAAUGCUCAGUCUAAUUCAGGUCAAGAGACUUAUUGAACCUGUGAUUUUAGCAUUGGAAGGUGACAAAGAGGGAAAAGGCAUGGUUUCCAGGUUCAGAUUAGAUGAAGCUCAUGUUGCAGGAUUGAAUAUUGAAUCCAACAAUCUAGAAACAUGGUCUUCUAGGAGACAGAAACAAUCGGGAUCUCGGUGGUUGCUUGCUAGUGGUUUGACCAAGAACUGUAAUUCUCGGUUUUCAAAGUCAAAGUCAAAGUCAAUAAUAAGAAUCUCCUCACAAGUGCUUAGAAAACCAUGGACACGAAACUUCAUUUGGAGCCUUUCACAUCCCAUUCAUGAAGUUGAAGCUGACCCUCUGAACCCACUCACUCGCAACCCUGACGUUAUAUUUCCUCAAGUGACUGUUUGAUUCCCAUGGUAAGAAACAUGUUACCCAGAUGAGACUAUUAUUCCCUCCUUUAGGAACUUGAAGCGCAAGUACGUAUAUCAAGUCAUAUAUGUGCGUCUCUUACACCGUCGUUCUGUAACUAUGAUAUGAUACUAGAAUUACGUUUUGUUCAACUGUUUUUGCUGUAUAUUGCUUCAGGAUGGUGACUUGUUUUUGCUCUAAACAGGGUCAUGGACUCAUGGUCUGUAAUUAGUCAAUUAGUCAAUGAAACUUUAGUGGUACAUAUUGGAGUAUCUUUUGAAUUCUUUUUAGGCCAAUUAUUGUGACUCUAAAUGCGAUGAGGUUUUUUGUUUUGUGGAUGUAAAUGUAACUCAUUUUACCCUACAUGACGUACAUCUCUUUUCUGUUGAUGAUG